GGUUUGUAAUGGUAUUUGUAGUGGAAACCAUUAGAACUUCUGUGAUGGGUUCUUUUUCAGCAGGGUUGAAUCAUGUCUGUGGUUUGCAUCUUUAUGCAAUACUAAUACUAUAAACGAAUCAGUUCACUCUGAUAUCCAGUGGUGGAAAUGGCCGAGAUACACUAGGGGACUCUAGUUGGGGUAAAUAUGUGUAAAUAUAAUAUAAAUAUAAACGUAUAAAUACCUCUAUGAUAUAUAAUAACAUUACACUUAUUUCAUGUCUCCUCCAAACAAUAUGGUCAAUCAACAACAUUCAUGAAUUAUGUGUGGCACCAAACAAACACUGUUCAUUCAUUCUAAUCUUCCGUAUCUCGACCCUCUGCUGUCUUACUCCUAGCUUUUGACCAGGUGGUCCAAAUGAAUUUAAUAUAGUAUUAGAAUAAGGGCAUUCAAAACAGAUUGAACAUGGAUCAUUUAAGGUACAUGCAUGCAGCUUUAUCCGUCUAAUUUUCUACUAUUGCAUCUGUUAAAUUAAUUGUUUCUGUUAAGAUUUUUGUCAACAUUAAGACUCCGUUAAAUUACCUGAUGUGGUCUGAUUGGUCCUGUGAGGAUGGCACUGAUAGAGAAGCGUUCCCAUUGGCUGCAGCCUGUAGGUAUUAUGGCCAGUCACAAAAGUCAAUGUUAUGCAACCACACACAGAAUAUCUCCACUACGCUUCUAAGCGGAACUCGCUUUCGUAGGCUUUCGAGUGGAUAAAAGAUACAAACCCUUUUCAUUUACAGAAAAAAUUUUAGCCAGUUAGAACUGGAAGACUGUCCCCACUUGAAAUUUACUGCCCAUCACCACCAUUUCCAGCCCUGCUGAUAACAUAACCUUUCAUAAGGUCAGGCAAUGAAACUUGAUCAAAACUUUCACCAAAGUAAGGAGGGUUAAUGCUGUAGUUAUAGCUGCUCUUUCAAAAAACAUGACUGGACAUGGUGUUUUUUAAUCUGUGGCUUCUGUGUUGAUAGUUUUUACAGUAAACACUAAGAGUAGCAACAGCGGAAGACUUCAGGCCUCACUAGACCUUCUUCUCCAGCCCCACACUGAUGAUUUGUGUUGAUAGGUGUUGAUGUGGCUGUCUUGGUGGAGUGAUCUGGUAGCAAGAGUCCAAUGGCUUCAGUGGAGCUGCUUUACAUAGAUAAAGAGAGAGGACGAGACGAUCCACUGGAUGUCCCUGAUUGGGCCCAACCUGUUCAAGUUCAUGGGACAGAUGGUCCAGCUGAAGAAACGACCCCCAGCGAACAUGAAAGCAGUUCACAUGGGAAAGUGGUUGUUGCAGAGGGUCAGCGUCAUUCAGCACCAAAGAUGACCCAGAGCAAAGGACUGUCAGGCAAGCACUUUCAUCAAGAGAAGGUCAGGGUGUGUUGUGACGAGGAGCUGGAGACCUCUUUCACUUAUGUUGAUGAAAAUGUCAAUCUGAGACUGGGUACUCCAGACACAAGCGAGAAAAGCCUCCAUGAUGGGACACCUUGCCCCGACUCCCCAAACGAGAACCGCCUUGAGUUUUCCUUAAUGUCCGACCUGACAUCUGAGAGCUCAGGAAAGCCUGUAGAUUAUGGAUUUAUCAGUGCCGUCACCUUCCUAGUGACAGGAAUAACUUUAGUGAUCAUAUCUUAUUCUGUCCCUCGUGACUCAGGAGUAAACCCAGACACCAUCUCGGCACGAGAGAUGGAGAGACUCGAAAGUGAGAGUGCAAGGCUCGGGGCACACCUGGAUCGGUGUGUUAUUGCUGGGCUUUGCCUUCUCACGUUAGGUGGGGUAGUGCUUUCUACUCUGUUAAUGAUUUCAAUGUGGAAAGGGGAGAUGUACAGGAGAAAGGCCUUCUCAUAUUCCAAGCACUCAGCAAAGCUGUACGGCUCGACUAAUUUGAGAACAAAAUCAAGCUCUGCUCAGUCAUCAGCACACAAUUUUGUUGAGGAAGACUCUGGUGGUAAUUUGAGCUAAAUUUUUGUUUCUCUUUACAACAUACCCAAAAGUGUGUUGUUUAUACAUCUUUUCCACUGGACACUGUAGUACAGCAAGCCUCUGGCUACUACAUCCUAUGGCUACUAAUCCAAAUCUAUAACUAGCCUUAUCUUUGUAAACAACCUGUGUCAGUUUCUCCUCACAAAACAGUUUAUUUGAAAGCAGUUCUCUGAGGGUUGUGGGGUGGCAACAUCAUUUCCUAUGCAUCACUAACAGUAGCAACAAUACCAGAUCUACUUUUCCAUAUACACAUUGAUGAGGGCUUACACACUUGAUGAAAUUAUCAGACACUACUAUUGAAAAUUGCUGUGCCUUACUGUCUGGGGGAAAAGGUGAUUCUAGUUAGCUAGUAUUUUUUAGUGUUUUUUUUUUUUUUUUUUUUUAAUGGUGGUUGUCUGACUGUGUGAUGACCAUAAUGUUUCUGUGAUGAUUCCUUUUGACUAAUCAGUCUGCAUUAUUUAUCGCUCCACUGGUAUGUCCCUGUUUGGUACCCUUUUAUGAAGGGUAACCAAAUUCAUCAUGGGCAUUUAUACUGCAAAAAAUGAUAUCAGGUGAAAAUAUCUUUAAUAUAGUGAAAUGUUUCUAGUAAAAUAUGUCUAGUAUUCCCUAUUAUAAGAUUACUGUAAACCAAAUAUAAGAUUUUUAAACCUGUUUCCAGCUUUUUAUAACUCAUUUCAAGCUUUGUCCUAUUGGCAAAUAAAUUAGCUAUUUUUAAGCAUUUAUUUCUAGAAAGAAGCCAACUUAUUUGCCAAUAGAUUAAGAGCAUUUAAAACUUGAAAUUAGUAACAAAAGUCUAGAAAUAGGUUUAAUAAUCUUAUAUUUGGUUCACUGUAAUAGGAAAUACUAGAUGAAUCGACCUAUAUUUAAGAUAUUUUAAAGGGUUGUUGUUUUUUUACACUGUAGUUACGGUACACUGCAAAAUGUAUGUUUUAGCAACUAAAACUAUCUUGAAUAUAUUCAAAUUCAACUAAUAUUUAUCUUUAUUAGAUUAAGAUUAUGAAUCCUAUUUCUAGACGUUUCAAGUAAUUAUUCUAUUGACAGAUAAUUUAGCUUAUUCUAUGUGAUCAUUUCUAAAAGAAAGCAAAAUUAUUUAAGCUUAAAAUGAGUCAAUAUAUCUACAUUUAUCUGCAGUGUAUAGCAAUGAAAAUCUUGGCAAAAUACAUGAUCCUGCAUUUGUUAUUGUACCAUGUAAUACAGAAGUGUCCAGUGGAAAAGUGCUAUUAGUUACGUAUUUUAUGGUCCUGUAAUAGUCUGUGGUUUUGUUUUUGUUUGUUUGUUUGUUUAUAGUAAAGUAAAGCUUAUAGCUUAUAGUAAGGAUAUUGUUGAACUAGACUUUAUCUUAAAGUUAGCACUUUUAAAAGGAUUAUUACCGUUCGAUUUUUUUCCGUGCAACCAUGUAACUAACCUUUUGUUGUGCUGGUUAGAGGUUUAAAGGCUGGUUAUAAUCUUUGAGUUCUACCCAUAAAAACAGACAAGAAUUCCAUAUGAAUCAAAUCACAACUUUGCUGCUGCUGUCCUGACAAUCCUUCUUAAUUCUCACUGCUUUAUGUAUUUAGAUAAUACAGUUAAAUGUAAAUAUAUCCAGCCUUAAUCCUUUUAUCAGCAAAUGUACAUUUCCAAAAAUCUGUGUAAAUAAGGGCUAGGUCUGGAUGGAAAUCAAGUAGCAAACCAGAAACCUAAAUCCAGAUGUACACCACACUCCGCAAAGCAUCACAGAUAUACUGGAAAUUUAUGACCAUAAAGAUUGCUGCUUGUGUCUUGGCUUGAUCUAAACUUGUAUGCAAAUGCUGUACUUCUUAGUGAAUAUGGUCCAUGCAGAAAUGUACACACUUAAAGCCCAAUGCUUAUUCAAUAACGUUAAUGGAAACAAACAGCUGCUAAGUGUGUUUGGUUACUGUGAGGGCUUUUUUUUCCUUUAAAUGUGAGUGUGUUUCUUCUCAACUAACUGAGUCAUAUGAAAUAUCAUUUAAAGCAUGAUAUAAUCUACAAAACUAAGUCAUUUUAAAUAAAACUUGCAUGCUUAU